GUAUUUUGGAUAUUUAAUAAUUGCUUAAUGGGAAAAUUAAAAGACGAAAUAACAUCAACUUCUGGAUCGCCAGUCAAAGGCCAUCAAUCUACAAGCCAAGCUGAGUCACUUCAGAAAGCAAAAAAGAGGAAACACGAAGAAUCUUGUCAGAACAACGGCGAUCAUAAAGAUGAAAGUGUUGUCCUUGAAACUCCUCAUGCUUCAUUUUCUGAAGUUACUACUGCAAGGAUAGAUUCUGUUGAAAAUACGUCUCACCAAAAGAAAAAGAAGAAGAAGAAACGAAUUUUGGAUGAUUCAAUGGACACGGAUUCAAUGACUGAUGGUGGCGAUGCUAGUUUUGCUGGUGCUUCUACUAAUAACAACAAUUUAAUCCCUUCUACAAGUCAAAUGAAAGAACCAAAAGCGGUCGAGUAUUCACAUUCCGAAGAAGAUGAGGUUGAUCUGGAAAAAAUGCAUGAACGUGAUGGAUCUAUAACUUCAAAUACUCCAACAGUCAAUGUUAUGCCGAAAGAUAUGUAUUGCUUUUGCAAGUAUAUGUUGGAUCUGGACGAGCAGAAGACCUUACAUUUGACUGGUAGAAAAGCCAAUGUUAAAUUUAAUACGCUUUUACGAGAUGUCCCGAAUGUUGAUCCUUCUUACGAUUUAGCUCAAUUACAAGCAUGUUUUGUUCAAUUUUAUCGUUGGGCAACAUUAAUGUCAGAAGUCCCUAUGGCUGAAGCACUUAAAAAAGUUAUGGAUUUUGUUCAAACUGAUCAUAUUCUUCAACGUUACCCAGAAUUUCCAAAAUUAAAAUCUCUUUGGCAUAUUUUUAUAAAUAAAUGUGGAGUGGAUCAGGCACAAUUAUUUGGAAAAAAUAACAAUUUGAGAGAUACUUUUAGAGAUAAAGAUGUUUGUUUUUUAAAUAAAUUAAAGAUGCGGACAGACAUUUGCGGACAUUAA